GCGGUGGCGACGGGGGCCGCCCAGGGGGCUGCCCUGUGAGGGAAGGGCAGCGGUAUCGGUACCCUUUCCCUCCUCCUCCCGACCGCCUCCCAUCGAUUCCGCAGAUUUGGGCUCGGACAUCGCCACCGAAUGUCGCACCCGCCGCGCAUGGCCGCCCCCGCCGGCCGCGGCGAGGCCGCGGGCUGCAGGCUACCGCGCUCGGCCGCAGAGUGGCAGGCCGCCUUCCCGCUCGAGGGGCUGCCCGCGCUGCCGCCGCGCAGCGGGGAGUUCUGGGCGCAGAGGCGGCGCGCGCUGCUCGUUGUGCCGUCGGUGAGCGCCCUGCUGGUCUUCGUCACGUGGCAAGGCGCCAGGAGGGUGCCCGACCUGGAGCUCGCCAGGGCGCUGAUGGCGCUGAUUUGGGCGGAGGUGGCGGUGGCGUGGGCGAGCUGCGCGUGCGUGCUGUUCGUGGAGGCCGGGCAGGUGCGGCGCGGGCCGGGCACGUGCUACCCCAUCCCGCCCGCGGUGGCGCAGCAGCUGAGGGCGUCGGGCAGCGUCCGGGGCCUGCGCAACGUGGCCGGGCCCGGCGGGAGCAGCUACUGCGUGCGGUGCCUCGUCUGGCGGCCCGAGGUCGACAGGCCGGCCCGCAACCACCACUGCGGCGUGUGCCAGCGCUGCUACUCGGGCUUCGACCACCACUGCUGCGUGCUCGGGCGUUGCAUCGUCGCAGGCAACAGAGGAAGGAAAGAAAGCGAGGGCCACGGCCAGAACUGAGCGCGGAAGCGUCGGCGCCGACCUUGGUCAUCGUCCAUCUUGGCCAUCGUCAAGUCGUGGGUUAUCCUCGAAGAUCGGCGUCGGCCGGCAUGGGCCAUGAAUGAGAUGGGUGUCGGCACGAUUCCCCAACGUCUUGGUCGUGGUCAUCUUGUCUCUUCCCUCGAAACGUGCCGUGCCUUUUCUUCGUCAGCCUCAUGGUGUCUGCCGGGAUGAUCUCGAAGAAGCAAACGGUGCAUAAACAUAAAUGUUCGGAGCCCUGCGCAGAUCUCUCGGAUCGGCGCUGGACACCCCUCCCUGUCGCGCGGAACGCGCCAGGGGCGGCGCCGGAGGCGCCGCCGGGUGGGCCCCAGCGCCAAUCCGAGAAAUCCACGGGAACCUUGAUCUUCCAGAGGGCCAGAAAAU